CGAUUCGGGUCGAUUGGCUUGUUGGCCGGCUGUCGAUCUGGCUGCCGAACUCGCCGUCGCGACGGCGGGCCAAGCUCGUCGUCGAUCCGUCGCGUUCGGUUUGGGGAAAAUAUUGGGGGUGCGGCGCUGGGGAACACGCUGCAGGUUCGCCGUUGUGGCCGGUGGCCGAACUUGCCGUCGCGCGUGCCGGUCGAGCUCGACGUUGAUCUCACCGCCGCGCAUCCGUGAGGCCUUUUGAUGUAGGUAGUUCCAUAGAAAUCGCAGCAAGGGCGCUUAUUUUUUUGAUUAGAUCUGUUGGAUUCUGCGAGUGUUCAUAUAUGUCUGUGUCCAUCGGGAGUUUGGGACCAUGAUCUUUGCCCCUCUGCCGUUACCACUCUUUUGGGAAACAUGACAUGCCACCUUUGGCCCCAAUUUUUUCGCAGUUCCCGUUAAUCUUGAUGGAAAAGCUGGCACUUUUACAUCUUUUUUAUUUUACCCACAAAGGCCACCUCUUUCUCUCUUUCGGCUGCUUUUCAGGAGCCCAGGCCCCUCCAUCCAUGCUAGGCUUCGUCGCACCGAUGCUCUGCAUUUGAUGGUCAACUGUUCUGAUUUUUUCCUGAGCUAAGCGCGGGGUUGGCGAUGACUCCACACGAUAAUUGACCUUUCAGCACGAUCGAUGGUUGUUUCCAAAGAAAAAUGAUGUUGCUCUGGUCACUGAUUAAAUAUGGGUGCCGGCGGCAGGAUGACGGAGAAGGAGCGGGAGAAGCAGGAGCUGCUUGGCCGUGCCGGCGGCGGUGCGGUAGUGCAGCGAUCACCGGUGGACAAGCCCCCGUUCACGCUGGGGCAGAUCAAGAAGGCUAUCCCGCCGCACUGCUUCCAUCGCUCGGUGAUAAAGUCCUUCUCCUAUGUGGUCCAUGACCUCAUCAUUGUCGCGGGCCUCCUGUACUUCGCGCUGGUCGGCAUCCCCGCCCUUCCGAGUGUGCUCCACUUCGCCGCCUGGCCGCUCUACUGGGUCGCACAGGGCUGCGUGUGCACCGGCGUGUGGGUCAUCGCGCACGAGUGCGGGCACCACGCCUUCUCGGACUACUCUCUUCUCGACGACAUCGUGGGCUUGGUGCUGCACUCGUCGCUGCUCGUGCCGUACUUCUCGUGGAAGUACAGCCACCGGCGCCACCACUCCAACACCGGCUCCCUGGAGCGCGACGAGGUGUUCGUCCCGAAGAAGAAGGAGGCGCUUCCGUGGUACACCCCGUACGUGUACAACAACCCCAUCGGCCGGCUGGUGCACAUCGUCGUGCAACUCACCCUUGGGUGGCCGCUGUACCUGGCGAUGAACGCCUCUGGCCGUCCGUACCCGCGCUUCGCGUGCCACUACGACCCCUACGGCCCGAUCUACAACGACCGGGAGCGCGCCCAGAUCUUCAUCUCGGACGCCGGCGUCAUGGCCGUGUCGUUCGCCCUGUACAAGAUUGCGGCGGCGUUCGGGUUCUGGUGGGUGUUGCGAGUCUACGCCGUGCCAUUGUUGAUCGUGAACGCGUGGUUGGUGCUCAUCACCUACCUGCAGCACACCCACCCGGCGCUCCCCCACUACGACUCGAGCGAGUGGGACUGGCUUCGCGGGGCGCUGGCCACCAUGGACCGCGACUACGGCAUCCUCAACCGCGUGUUCCACAACAUCACGGACACGCACGUUGCGCACCACCUCUUCUCCACCAUGCCGCACUACCACGCCAUGGAGGCCACCAAGGCGAUCAAGCCCAUCCUGGGCGAGUACUACCAGUUCGACCCCACGCCCGUCGCCAAGGCGACCUGGCGCGAGGCCAAGGAGUGCAUUUACGUCGAGCCCGAGGACCGCAAGGGCGUCUUUUGGUACAACAACAAGUUCUAGCUGCAAAGCGAGCUAAGACGAUCAUGCAUACUUACUGCAGGAAUGGGAGGAGAAAUGAGGAAGAGAAGAUGGAAAACGUCGUACCAAGUCUCCAUCUACGUAUCUAUGGUUAGUCAUCAGUCCUUAGGCAGGAGAGAGCAUUUGGGCACAAGAAGGCUUACUGCAGUGCCGUUGCUAGAGUUACCAUCAAGUACAAGUAGGCGAAUUUGUCAAUGUAGUGUGUGCCGUGGCUGUGCUCAUGUCUCACAGCCUUGGCCAGUUCUGAGUUGUCUUUCUUCUUCGCGUUUUAGUCGCUUGUGUAGGUGGUCGUUGUAGUUCGCGUCCGUGGCCAUGCCGUGCGUGGCCGCGCGUGUCGUGUGCGUCUACCAUUGCGUUGGCGUAGUCUCUUCGUCCCCCGCUUGUUGUUGUAAACCAUCUGGUGCUCAUGACGGAAUAACCGAGCGUCGAACGGCAACUUUUUUGAGUA